CUCUAUGUGGGCAACAUCCCCUUCGGCGUCACCGAGGAGGCCAUGGUGGACUUCUUCAACGCCCAGAUGCGCCUGGGCGGGCUGACGCGGGCCCCGGGCCACCCCGUCCUGGCCGUGCAGAUCAACCAGGACAAGAGCUUUGCCUUCUUGGAGUUCCGCUCCGUGGACGAGACCACCCAGGCCAUGGCCUUCGACGGCAUCAUCUUCCAGGGCCAGUCGCUGAAGAUCCGCCGGCCUCACGACUACCAGCCCCUGCCCGGCCUGUCGGAGAACCCCUCUGUCUACCUGCCUGGCGUGGUGUCCACCGUGGUCCCGGACUCUGCCCACAAGCUGUUCGUCGGGGGCUUGCCCAACCACCUGCACGAGGACCAGGUGAAAGAGCUGCUUACGUCGUUCGGGCCUCUCAAGGGCUUCCACCUGGUCAAGGACGGCGCCACCGGGCUCUCCAAGGGCUAUGCCUUCUGUGAGUACGUGGACAUCAGCGUCACGGAUCAGGCCAUUGCGGGGCUGAGUGGGAUGCAGCUGGGGGACAGGACACUGCAGGUGCAGAGGGCGAGUGUGGGCGCCAAGAAUGCCACGCCAAGCACCAUCCUCCAGACCCCCGUGACCCUGCAAGUGCCGGGCCUGCUGAGCUCCCAGGUGCAGAUGGGCGGCCAGCCCACGGAGGUCCUGUGCCUCCUGAACACGGUGCUGCCCGAGGAGCUGCUGGACGACGGGGAGUACGAGGAGAUCGUGGAGGACGUGCGGGACGAGUGCAGCAAGUACGGGCUGGUCAAGUCCAUCGAGGUCCCCCGGCCCGUGGACGGCGUCGAGGUGCCCGGCUGCGGGAAGGUGCGUGCGUCUGCCCUCUGCCCCGCCGCUCUCCGGCGUCUCCUACACACCCUCCUCUGGCCCGCGGGCACCCAGGGCCCGUGCAGGCAGCAGAACUGCUGUGGCCAGAACUUGGUGCAGAGCUUGGCUGCUAUGUGACCUUGUGUGCAGGUGGUUUGGCCUUGUCCUCGGAGUGGGGGAAAAGUGCUAAAAAUAGUCACCACGCCUACACACUCACCUCCUGGGUGCCGGGUGCCCUUCUGAGCGACCCCGCUAAACUCACCUGGUUACCCCAGAGCUCUCCCAGCAGCUCCUGGGGCCCCUUCCUGGGAGGACACAAGCCACAUGGUCAGGUGUCAGGUUCUCACGGC